UCAAGGGGCAGAGUGGGCUGAGCAGAAGGGUCAUCCGCCUCCAAUCUGGGUCGCGGAGCAGCAGAUGAAAUGGAGCAGUAUAGGCAGACCCUACCAGAUGGGCAACUAAGCCAUCUGGGAGUAGGGCGGGGUAGACCGGGUCACCGCCCACGUGCUCCGACUUCUCAAAAGCCUAGUCCUAUUGGUUGAAGCUUGACGGAGACUAACCCCGCUUUCUGUUUUCAUUGGCCGGUUCAGUUUAAGGCUGCUUCCUAACCCCGCCUCCAGCUCGCACCGCGUUUCUAUUGGGUGGUUGUGCUCCAGAUACAAACUCCGGAUACAAACUCCGCCCCACUCAUGCAUUGGCUAGGUCGGUCCUAGGGGCGGUUCCCGUGGGGUGCAUCAAUCGGCUCUUUUCUUCCAUUGGUCGGAUCUGAUUUUCUGGGCGGUUCCUAAGGCAGACGCUGACCCGCCUUGUGUUCCCAUUGGCUGCCCCACGACGCAUCGCCCCUAGGUCCUAGGACCGCCCAUUGGCGGGUUCUGCGGUGAAAGGCCGGUGCCUGCGGCACUCGCGGGAGCCGUGGCAGUUCUGGUGUCAGAGCGGACCUCGAAAGCGUUGGCCGCGGACAUGACGCCUGACGACCCGGAGGAGACCCAGCCGCUGCUGGGGCCGCCCAGAGACAGCUACCCCCGUAGCCGCCGCGGCUUCCUCGCCGCCUUCGCCGCGGCCCUGGGCCCGCUCAGCUUCGGCUACGCGCUGGGCUACAGCUCCCCUGCCAUCCCGAGCCUGCGUCGCGCCGCGCCCCCGGCCCCGCACCUGGACGACACUGCCGCCUCCUGGUUCGGGGCCGUCGUGACCCUGGGCGCCGCCGCCGGGGGCGUGCUGGGCGGCUGGCUGCUGGACCGCGCGGGUCGCAAGCUCAGCCUCCUGCUCUGCACCUUGCCCUUCGUGGCUGGCUUCGCCGUCAUCACCGCCGCCAAGGACGUGUGGACGCUGCUCGGGGGUCGCCUGUUCACCGGCCUGGCCUGCGGCAUUGCCUCGCUGGUGGCCCCGGUCUAUAUCUCUGAAAUCGCCUACCCUUCAGUCAGGGGGCUGCUUGGCUCCUGUGUGCAGCUGAUGGUGGUCACAGGCAUCCUUCUAGCCUACCUGGCAGGCUGGGUCCUUGAGUGGCGCUGGCUGGCAGUGCUGGGCUGCGUGCCCCCCACCUUCAUGCUGCUGCUCAUGUGCUACAUGCCGGAGACCCCACGCUUCCUGCUGACUCAGCACAAGCACGAGGAGGCCAUGGCCGCCCUACAUUUCCUGUGGGGUAUUGAGCAAGACCUGGAAGAGCCCCCCAUGGAGACUGAGCACCAGGGCUUCCACCUGACACAGCUGAGGCAGCCUGGCAUCUACAAGCCCUUCAUCAUUGGCAUCUCCCUGAUGGCCUUUCAGCAGCUCUCGGGCAUCAAUGCAGUCAUGUUCUAUGCAGAAACCAUCUUUGAGGAGGCCAAGUUCAAGGACAGCAGUCUGGCUUCAGUGGUGGUGGGCCUCAUCCAGGUGGUGUUCACGGCAGUAGCAGCCCUCAUCAUGGACAGAGCUGGGCGGAGGUUGCUCCUGGCCUUCUCAGGAGUGAUCAUGGUAUUGAGCACCAGUGCCUUUGGCACCUACUUCAAGCUGGCCCAGGGGGCCCCUGGCAACUCCUCGAAUGUGAGCCUCUUGGCAUCUGUCUCCAUGGAACCCUCUGAUGCCAGCAUGGGGCUGGCCUGGUUGGCAGUGGGCAGCAUGUGCCUCUUCAUUGCAGGCUUUGCUGUGGGCUGGGGACCCAUUCCCUGGCUCCUCAUGUCUGAGAUCUUCCCUCAGCAUGUCAAAGGCGUGGCCACCGGUGUCUGUGUCCUCACUAACUGGCUCAUGGCCUUUCUGGUGACAAAAGAGUUCAGCAGCCUCAUGAUGGUGUAAUGGAUGGAGUGUUAAGAUUCUCAAGCAUGAGGUCCUGAGUUCAGUACCUGACAUUGAAUGUUCCAGAGUGAAACCCUAGAGGCAGAAAAAAAAAAUACAAGGACCUGGGUUCGAGCCCCCCCGUCCCCAGCAGCAGG